UCCACUUGGUUUUGAUUAUUAUUCCUUGCGCCUUCAAUCGUUGUUGUUACCAAAAUGCAGCCGUUCCAAGUUUUAAAUUUACUCAUCUUGAUUUUGCUAACAACAUUAGUAGAAGCUCAUCUCGAAGCUUAUUACGGCAAGCCACAAUGUCCUGUCAUCUGUGGCGAUGUCCAGAUUACAUACCCUUUCGGGUUUGGAAGAAAUUGUUCUGCCAACGAAUGGUACACACUUAAUUGUAAUUCCUCCCCACCAUAUCCAUCUUCAUUCACCAACAAACCGUAUCUAUCUGCCUUCAACAACGCCGAGGUGCUGUAUAUGGAUGUGAGCACAAUCACUAUUAACAUGUCUAUGAUUAGUGCUGAUUGCGAAAAUCCAGUCCAAGAUAUCAAUCAUGUCCUAAUCACCAGCCAUGGCAAAAGUCCCUUCCGAUUUUCCGGAUCACGUAACAGAUUGGUCUUUAAGGGCUGUGGCAGUGCUUCCAUCAUGGAGAAUGGGAGUAUUGUCACCGGUUGUUCAACGACUUGUGGCAAGGACACUGUUAGUGACAUAAAUAACUGCUUCGGUUUCGGUUGUUGCCAAACUACAAUUCCUCAUGGUCUCUCAUCAUUUACCUUCAAUCUAACAGGUUUGGAAAGACAGAAUCAAGAUGGAGCUUGUGGGUGUGCUUUCUUGGUAGAUACAAAUUACGCAGGAAGUUUUUCUAGCAAAUCUUUUACUGAAGACCAUUUUGUUCCGAUAUCACUUUCGUGGAACGAAACAUUCCAUGAAAACUCAACAAGAUGCAACGAGACAUGUGGGAAUGUAUCUAUUCCAUCCCCUUUCGGGAUUAAAAGAGAUUGUUCAGAUGGGAACUGGUUCAAUGUCGAUUGCAAGUCAUUGACACCUUAUUUAUCUGCGUUCGACAACAUGGAGGUUUUGAGUGUAAGUUUGGAAAAAAAUACAAUCACUGUUAACGUCCCCAUGAUUUCUGAUUGCAAGAAUCCAAUCCAAACUAACAGCCUUUUCCUAACCGGAAGUCCCUUUGGAAUUUCCGGAUCGGAUAACAUGUUUGUGGUUGAGGGGUGUGGUAGUGCUGCUAUUAUGGUGGAAAAUGGGACUAUUGUCGGUGGUUGUUCAACAACGUGUAGCAAUGACACAAAUAGUGAAAGCUAUAGAAACGGUUGCUUUGGAAAGGGUUGUUGCCAAACUACUAUUCCCUAUGAUCUCGAGUCGUUUACUUUGAAUCUAACAGGAUUGGAAAGAGAUGAUGGAAAUGGAAGCUGUGGGUCUGCGUUCUUGGUGGAUAAGAUUUCAUUCAAUCAAGGAAGAUUUUCUCGACAAGUGGUUCCGAUAACACUGAGUUGGACGUAUAACACCAGCACCAGUUAUUUUAGACCAGAAGUUUCAACAGAAUGCAUAAGCUGUGAACAAGAUGGUGGGAUUUGUUUCCCUGACCGUUACACGACGUCAGGCAUGAGUUGUCACUUUCGUGGAAGCAGCAAUAAGUCACUCGGCGUUAUUCUAGGUGCUAGCCUAACCUUGGGUUUACUUAUUCUAAUGGUGAUUAGUUAUGCACUAUACAACAUAAUCAAGAAUAUUAGCGCCAAAAGAAGGAAACAAAGGUAUUUUAAACGAAAUGGUGGUCUACUUCUUAAACAACAACAAACAAUUGACAACAGUUUAGUUGAUAAAACCAUACUUUUCACCUCGAAUGAACUAGAGAAGGCCACUGACCAUUUUAAUGAUAAUAGAAUUCUUGGUCGAGGAGGUCAAGGUACAGUAUAUAAAGGCAUGUUAGCCAACGGACGGAUUGUAGCUAUUAAGAAAUCGAAGGUUGUCGAUGAAAGCCAAUUAGAACAAUUCAUCAAUGAGGUGGUCAUUCUUUCCCAAGUCAAUCAUAGGAAUGUGGUCAAAUUAUUAGGAUGUUGCCUCGAAACAGAGGUCCCAUUGCUUGUCUCCGAGUUUAUCUCAAACGGUACCUUGUAUGACUUUCUUCAAGAUGAAACCAAUGAAUUUCCAAUCUCUUUAAACAUGAGAUUGCAAAUCGCUACAGAGGUUGCAGGAGCACUUUCUUACUUACAUUCGGCUACCUCUAUUCCAAUAUACCAUAGAGAUAUUAAGACAACUAAUAUACUUUUGGAUGAAAAGUAUAGAGCCAAAGUUUCUGACUUUGGAACUUCAAGGUUCGUGUCAAUAGAUCAAACUCACUUAACAACGUUAGUGAAAGGUACAUUUGGUUACUUGGAUCCAGAGUACUUCCAAUCAAGCCAGUUUACUGAAAAAAGUGAUGUUUAUAGUUUUGGAGUUGUCUUACUUGAACUCAUGACAAGAGAAAAGCCAAUUUCAUUAACUAGAUUUGGUGAAAAUAGAAGUUUGGCUACAUACUUUAUGGUAUCCAUGGAAGAAGGACGUGUCAUGUCUAUUUUUGAUGCAAUAGUUGUUAAGGAGGGUUCUAGGAAUGAGUUGUUGGCCAUAGCUAAUUUGGCAAUGCGAUGCUUGAAUUUAAAUGGGAAAAACAGACCAACAAUGAAAGAAGUUGCAAUCGAGUUAGAAGGUGUGAGAUUGUCACAUGUUCCCACCACAAUUUAAAAUAAUAUUAGACUUGUGAAGUAUUGAGAAAGCAUCGCAGUCAACAUCAACUUAUGUCGAGUCAACUUUUGACAUCAUUGACAACCUUAGUCGAUGAAUCAUGAUAACUAUUAGUUUUCUUAAGUAAGCCUUAAGCUAUAUAGUGUGAUGAUUAAUAAGUUGUAUGUAAACGUUAAAAGGUAUAGUAUUUUCUGUACCUAUUUCUUCUUCCUCCUAAACAUAUUCUUCAGCUUAUUGUAAUCGAAAUUGGGUUAAUGUCAUGAUAUGACAACCAAUAAUAUUAUUGCUCUUUGGAUCA